AUGCUGCCCAAGGGGUCGAACGAAGGCUGGAUUGCCAAACUGUACAGCCAGUACCUAGACGAAGCAGCAACUACUCUGAUGAUCGCCGACGACAAGCAGCCGCCGCUCAGUCGACGCCAGUCAUGCCCCGAACAACGCAAAGUACCAGCGGCGGGCAAGUUGCCGCUGUUUGCAUCGAGUUCACAACGGGCCGAGUGUCAGUUUGUGAUUGGCCACUUUGCCGGCCGCGUGGUGUAUGACAAGGACAUGUACGUGCAGAAGAACCAGGACGCACUGCCGGUGGAAGCGCUCGAGCUGUGCAGAUCGUCGUCGAACGCGAUCGUACAGGGGUUGCUCUUGCCGCCAUCUCAAUCUCAACUCAAACAAGGGGGGCGAACCCGAAAAUCCCCCCCCACUAGACAAGCAAGCAGUCUUCGGUCGGCUAGUGUGUCGAGCCAGUUCAAAGGCCAAUUAGAUGACUUGCUCCAAGUCGUGGGCCGUACCCAAGCUAGAUACAUUCGCUGUAUCAAACCGAAUGACGUGAGUACCCCCCGCACAGUCAACAAGGCGCGAGUGGUGCAGCAGCUGCGGUCCGGCGGGGUGCUGGAGGCCGUGCGCAUCGCCCGCGCCGGGUACGCCGUCCGCAUGGAGCACAGCAGCUUCAUGGACGCGUUCGGGUUGUUUAUGCGAACAUCAUCAUCGACGAAGAAGAAGAACAAGAAACCAGAAGAGCUCAAGGGCAUGUGCGAGCAGACGGUGGCCGCCAUCAUGCUGCAGUUGUACGCAUCAUCGGAUGAUGGCAAAGGCAUCGUGGACAUCGCCACGGCGGUCGUGAAGGGCCGCCAGUCCACCAAGAUGGGCCGACGCGCAUUCCAAGAUGCAUGUGGAGCGGUGAGGUUCCAGCUCGGUAACUCCAAGGUGUUCUUUCGCAAAGACGUGUACAACGACGUCCGGCGGUUCAGACGGCACAUCCGGACCAAAUAUGCGACACUGUUGCAGCAAUACGGGCGCGGGUUUGUCGCCCGACGACACGCCAAGGCCCGACGCGAAGCGGUCGCCGUGUUGCAGACAAAGGUGCGGGCGUGGCUAGCGUACCGAUCAGCGGUGCGGACGCUGCAGACGUGGACUCGCAGGUGCUUGGCUGUGACACGGUACAGACGACUACGAGCCGCUACGGACGUGUUGCAAAAGUGGGGCCGGCAUGUACUGUGGACAGCGCGACUGUAUCGCAGAGUGCAAACGAGGAUGAGUCACCACAAGCACGUAUUGAUCGCCAAUAGUAACAGCAGCAGUCCUCCCCCCUCAACGCCACAACCCCAUCAUAAAGCCGAGCCUUUGAUCACAAAAGAUGAAAUGGCUGACGUGGCAGCGCUGACCCGUCAGAACCAACUGCUCCAGCAAGAGCUCGACUUGCUCCGAAUCCAACAGUCAAAUGCCGCCAUUGCUUCUGCCACCCCCAUGCAAGUCCAUGGACAGGUACCAGUCCCCCCGUCGCCCGCCGCGGCUUUUGCUCAAGCGUCGCACAAUCGACAAACGUGGGAGCUGCCACAGGGAGUUGCCACGUCAUUCUACCAGCAGCAACAACAUCCUUCUUGUCCUCCAGUCGUGGUAGUGCCGGCAGGGUUGGUGACCGAACUCGAGUUUGCCCACCACGAGAUCGUAACGUUGUCGCAGCAAUUGCUUGUGACACAGAUCAAAUACUCCAACAUGCUCAUGGAUUACAAUGAACAUUUGGGGGGGUACGACGCAGAUAAGCCGAUGGACGACGCGUUUGCGAUGGUCGAAGCGCUCGACAUUCCAUGUCCUACCUCGCUCGAGUGUGCCCAGGAACAGCUACGGGCGUUGCUGCGAAAGUUGCACGUGGCCAAGGAGAAACUCAAGCAUUUGGAAACCAACAUGGGCCACCAUCAUCGACAGACGAGCCAUCAUGGGGACGCGGGAAUGUUGGUUGGAUCUGCGAUGAUGUUCAGUGCUAGUUCGAAACCUCAUCGCGGGGAUUCCAUCGACGCCGUCGAGUUUGUGCCGCGGCGGUCGUCGGAAAUCUGGCGGCCGUACUUUGAUGACAACUAUAACAACGUUCCAGGGACUACUAGUGGUCGACUGCCGCCGAUCCACGACUUGAACGACUGCUGCAUGAUGCCGAAUCAUUCGGUCGAGUACAUGCAAAAGGUGGACGAGUUGCAGCGCCAGUUGGACAUGCUUCGGGGGGUCAUGCACAAAGCCAUGGUGCCGGCGCGUGUGCCUCAGACCGCAAGCACAGUGUCGUCGUCGUCCAGGUCGUCGAUCGGGUCAUUGGCGGACGAACUUCGUCACAGGGGGGCGGCGCCGGGUGGUGGGUACAAUGCAACUCGGCUGACGUACUAUGUAAAAGAUGUGACAACGUGGGCCCGCGAUUACAAGUGCUUUGAGUGCAAAGCCGAGUUUGGGCUGUUUACGAGGCGCCACCACUGCCGCCUCUGCAGCCAGUCGUUCUGCCACGAGCAUUCGAACCGACGAGCGCGGCUUGUGGGCGUCGGCAGCGAAGACGAGGACGAACCCGUCCUGGUGUGCGAUGUGUGCUUUGUCGAUAUUUGCAAUGAGACGCGGCGACAAGAACAGAACAUGCGACAGAGAUAUAUGGGCGGCGGCGGCGGCGGCUACCCUCUCGACUAAUAAUAUGUACCGAACGACCGGAUCCAGCAGAGUAGAAAGUAAUAGUUUAACAGUAAGUAGAUCGAUAAAACGGAUCAGUUAGAUAUU